AUGACACAAACAGACCAAAUCCACAAAGACGCAACCCUCGUCUACAACUACCACAAAAUGAACCUUCCCCUCCGCCCCGCCUCCGCAAUCUUCUGCCUCUGCAGCCUCGACACGCGCAUCGCCGCCCACGCAGCCCAGCUCUACCUCGACGGCAUCGCGCCCUACCUCAUCUUCUCGGGAGACUCAGGCGUCCUGACAAAGGGUCUCUUUGCCGAGCCCGAAGCGGUAGUCUUCGCGGCCAUUGCGCGCGAAAUGGGCGUCCCCGACGACAGAAUCAUCGUCGAGCCGCGCGCGAGAAACACGGGCGAAAACGUUCGCUUCACGUAUGACAUGUUGCGCGAGAAAGGGCUGCUGGAGGAGUUGAAGCGGAGCCUGGUGCUUGUGCAGAAGCCGUACAUGGAGAGGCGGACGUAUGCGACGUUUCGGAAGCAGUGGCCCGAUCAGCGGACGCUGUUUACCGUGUCUUCGCCGGACCUGAGCUUUGGCGAGUAUCCUGAUGCGAGGAAUCCGCGGGAGCUGGUGACGAGUAUCAUGGUCGGGGAUCUGGUGAGGAUCAAAGAGUAUCCUGCGCGGGGGUUUCAGAUUGAGCAGGAGAUUCCGGACGAGGUCUGGGAGGCGGGGAAGAGGCUUGUGGAGGCGGGUUUUGAUAAGCAUUUGCCUUGA